GUGGUGGACUACCUGACUCAGUAUUCUGGAAUAAAACCCGGAGACCUGGACGCUAAGAUCUCCUCGAAGCACCUGACCACGCUGAAGUCUACGUACCUGAAGCUCAGGUUCCUCAUCGACACCGGCGUGCGCUUCGUGGGUCACGGCCUGCAGAAAGACUUCAGAGUCAUCAACCUGCUGGUCCUCAAAGAUCAGGUGGUGGACACGGUGCACUUGUUCCAUCUUCCUCGCAAAAGGAUGAUUUCUUUGAGGUUCCUCGCCUGGUACUUCCUGGAGCUGAACAUCCAGGGCGAGACCCACGACAGUAUCGAGGACGCCCCGCACGGCGCUGGCGCUCUACAGGAAGUACCUGGAGCUGAGCCGCGGGGGGGGCAACGACGAGGUGAGAAAGGUCCUGAAGGGGCUGUACGAGAAGGGGAGGCAGCUGGACUGGAAGGCCCCCGAGAGCGAGCCCCAGGACCCCCCCCAAGGUGCCGCUGUGUUUCCCUCGGUGAUGGGCCUCUGAACCUCCUCACACACUCGCUCCUCACUUUGUGUAUUUGUUUUCUGCAUUGUGUAUUUCUGACUGUUUACCAAACUGAGGACAACAACAACAAACUGUUUAAAUCAUGUCAACAUGUGAGCUGCUCCUCCGGACAGGAAGAAGACAUUUGUUCUUGAUUUGGAAUCUUUUUUUAAAGAAAAUACAUCAUGUUUUUUGGUGCCUGUAAAUAAAUAAACGGAUCAAGAUGAGCGCUA